UUAAGGACUGACUAAACAUUUAACUCAGCCUAAUUCUUAGAAGAAAGCAGUCGCGAAAGCUGAGGUAUUUGUCAACAUUAUGGGUCAAGCUGAGGUAUUUGUCAACAUUCUGGUUCUGUCAUUGCAGAAAUCAACCUCGUACCAGCAGACGGGCGUUGGUACUGCCGUUUGUUGCUGUUUAGGCUUGUCAUAGCAUUUUGAGAAUUCUUCUCCACCAUCAACCUCAGUUUGGACAAAAUUCAUACCUCAGUUUAAAACGUUGGUUAGCUUUGUGGAAAUCCUGAAUGAGAAAGUGGAGCAGCUGACGGCCCUCAACAAGACCCUAACAGAGCAGUUGGCUCAGCACGUCGAUGUGUCGUCUUCUUCUGUAGCUCAUCACACCCCUGAUGCACCUCCGUCCCUGGUUAAUGUGGAAUCGAUUGAUAAAACUGUGGAGGAGCUCUGUGAAAGAGUGUUUCUGGUUGAGUGUGCAGUUGGUCACCAGUGGAAUGGGAUGGAUGAUUACAUGAAGGAAGACCCUGAUUAUGUGAAAACUGUGGACGAACAUUUUGGAGUGACAAACUAUUCGGAAGACAUUCCUGGCUUGAAACAGGCGGGUAAAGUCUGGAGCCCAAAGAGGAUUGUCCCUGCGAAACAGCUUGCCCAGUCACAAUCGAAGAACCCUACCACAUCCACGAACCAUCCUACACUGGCGAUGAAAUCACAGUCUUACGCUUCAGUUAUCAAGAAGGCACCGAAGGUUGUGCGUGGCACGCGUACUGGAACGAGUGAGGGACCCUCGAGAGAACUGACAGAAACACUACAAGCCAAGCACCAGCCCCAUGCGGACUUUUGUGUGAGAGGUAUACCACGGGUUGAGGAUUCGAAGUUUGACAGUGUUAAGGACUAUAAUGCGUUCAUUGCCAAACAGCUGGAAGAUGUAGGGAUUCCUACAAGAUUUGUGAGUGUGUACGUUCCUGCUCGUGGAGAUAGACGAUCUUCCACGUUUGCCCGCAUCGAACUAUCACCGAUGAGUGGUCCACAUUCCACAAUGAAGGCACAGCGUAUCGAUCUUGUGAUUCCCUUGGCUGUGGUCCUUGUCGUGGUGGUACGCGGCGAACUUCCUGGGGAUGGGCUGACAGAGAAGCACCCCUCCCUUAAAAAUUGGGAAAUGGCACAUCUGCUUCGGAUUCUCGACACCAAGGAGUACCCUAACCUUCCUCCGUCACGCCUCAUGAUUGGCAACAGUCCAACACCACCCAACCGCGGCCCGCGAUGUUGGAGGGAGCCAUGGUACAUAUCAGCCCUCCCCGGCUUGCACGGGCUCUGGAGGCUAUACCCUUGGCCUACCACAACUGCGUUGGUGGUCGGGGUGGUCGGCCUGGUGAUUUGCCUCGUGCAAAUGUGCAACGACUUCAUGGAGGCCAUGGACCGGUGCGAAGGCUGGGAGAAAAUCAAGCUGAUGGCCAGAAUGUUGGCUGUAGUAGCGAUUAUAACGCUGGCAGUGAGCCUCUUCAUGCAAUUUACCUGGAUUAUCUUGACGCUGGUUGGAAUGCUCGUGGAAUAG